GUUGGAUGAGUUAAAAUCGAAAAAGGAAAGAAUUGGGGGAAAACUGAGCCCUGGUACCAAUUCCAAGUUGAUGAGCUACCGGUACCACGAUGCCCGAGGCUUGAGGUACCAAUACCACGCUGUCAAGAGCCCACGUAUCGGUACCACGCUCAAUCCUAUCGAUACUAGGCAAGCAGAAUGCCCAAGUACCGGUACCAAGGAACAAG